CUCAGAGUAGUUUAAAAAUCCUCUCUGCAAGGCUUGUAUCACUUCGCACAAAUCAUGCAUUUCUCCUUCCUCGUCGUCGUUACUGCUUUGACAGCAUGUAUGUCUGUCACUGCAUGCAGUCCCCAAUUCACAACCUGCCAACACGACACUGAUUGCUGCCCUAAAUAUCUCUGUGCAUCAACGUCGGUGAGUAUGAGUAGUUGGCUUUGCAUCCAGGAUUUCCUAUUGCUCACUCCAUGCACCUCAAUCAGUCUCCCGGUCAGAAAGUGUGCAAUCAUUAGGCUACCGAUGUGCUGGUGGCCUGUCCAUGAGCACAUCUAGACGUUCGCCGCUGACUUGGUCAAUGUGUCAGUUAUUCCUAGAGUCUGGAUGAUUUUCCCUGUUUCAUGGGCCGUAGAGGUGCCUUUGAAUUAGUUUGAAUAUUCUAUAUAAAGAGAUGCGAG